AUUCCUUUUUCGUUCUUUCUUUUCACUGUUCAACCUGCUAACCACAACACAGGAAGGCAGAUUAGAUAGAUAGACAGACAGACAGGAAAGAGGUGCAACAGGAAACGGUAUCUCCAGCAACAGUGAUGACUUCAGCUGCUGUGCAUUUGUGACUCGUUUAAUUUGCUCGCUAGUCCUCGACUAGGUUUUUACUCUUUCGCGAUCCCUCAAAUUCAAACUUUGAUUCCACCUGCUUUCGUGGGAAUUAUGGCUUUAUGGCAUGAAACAUCUGUGUGGGCAGUGUUUUACAUCCCUUGAUGCCUACAGACAACUUCAACAAGUCCAAGACACAAACUGGAACGUAUGAGGGCCGAAAUUAUCCAACUUGCUCAUGGAGAGGAAGGCACAUUACGAUUCUAUCAUGGACCGAAGCAAACGCAUCAUGUGGCAGGAUGACUGCUAUGUGGAUCUUCAGUCUACAUCCUACCCUGUCUCUUCACAAGCAGGAACAGAAGACCUUGGCUGGAUCCAAAAGCAUCAAGACCAGCUGCAACGCUUCAUUACAGCCUCCUUCCUGGAGGGGAUGUUAACCCACCUGAGAAAGGUGGAUGUGCUGAGUUCAGCUGAUGAGACCAAGAUCAAAGAAGCGGGCCGGCUGCAGGACCAGGUUAACAUGCUCACAACUAUUGUCACUGACAAGGACACUCACGGUUCUGAUGCUCUCCAGGGCUUCAUAGAGAGCUCAGAUUCUCAGGUGGCCCAGCUCAUCAUCAACCACGAUUCCAUGGGGAAGGAGCACAAAGAGGUGCUGUUACGGCGAUAUGAGCAGUACAGAGACAGAGAUUCAGUCAGCUGCCCCAAACUAAACAUCUUCUCAAGAACCUUACUUCUGGUCGAUGGCCUUUCCGACAUCCAGCAAAAAGAACAUGACUUAAUGCAGGUGGGGGCGACUCGAGGAAGGAAAAGAAAUCAUCUCAGACAGCUGGGGCUGACCAAACUCUUGGAGCCCCUGACCCGGGUCAGUUUACCUCCCAGGGUCUCCCUCACACUUGGGGUGGCUGGUAUCGGCAAGACAACCUGGGUCCGACACUUCAUCAGACAGUGGAGCCAAGGGGCCAUCUGCACAGAUGUGAGCUUCGUCCUGCCUUUCACUUUUUGCGAGCUAAACUCACUGGAGAAAGUCUCUGUUGAGAGGCUAGUGAAAAUGGCUUUUCCUCAUUUAACAGACCCCAGUCUGGUCCUGAGCAGCUCCUGCCGCACACUGCUCAUACUAGAUGGUUUGGACGAAUUCCGCUGCACUUUAAAUUUCUCUGACGCAGCUCCUUGCAGCGACCCAAAGAAAGAAGUGGCCAUUGAUGACCUAGUUACUAACAUCAUCCGGGGCAAUCUGCUCCCUUACGUGGCAGUGUGGGUGACCUCCAGGCCAGGAGUGGCCUCACUCAUCCCUGGAGGAUUGGUUGACAGGGUGACUGAGAUACCAGGAUUCAGCCCGAAGGACAUCCAGCUCUUCCUAAACCACCACUUCUCUGAGAGGGAUUUUGCCAGUAAAAUAUGGGCGCACUUGGAGUCCCAUAAAAUCUUAAUGGUGAUGUGCUACAUACCAUGCAUUUGCUGGAUAGUAGCUGAUACUCUGAUGUACAUCAUGCAGAGUGAAACACAAGAGAGCCUUCCAAGGACUUGUACUGAGCUAUACGCUCACUUUUGUUCCAUGAAGGCAGAAGUAGGUGAACCAAGAGGCAGGGAGCCUGUGAAAAUGGAACAGCUCCAUGGGAGCAAUCGUAAACUGCUGGGGAACCUUGGACGACUGGCAUUUUAUGGGCUCCUUAAACGCAAGUACACCUUCAGCGAGCAAGACCUCAGGGCCUAUGGGAUAGAUCUACUGUUAACUCAGUGCAGUCUUGGUGCUGGAGUUCUUGUUCGGGAGGAGUCUGCCAUAUACACAACAUAUCGGUUCACUCAUUUGUCUCUGCUAGAGUUUCUUGCAGCUACUUUUUACCAUAUCUCCUCCAAGCGGGCCAUCUUUGACUUAUUCUCGGAGAGCACCAUGUCUUGGCCCAAGAUCGGUUUCCAGAACCACUUCAGAAGCGCCUUUCAGCACUCACAACAAGCUGAAGACGGUCACUUGGACGUGUUUGUGCGCUUCCUGACAGGCCUGCUGUGCCCAAUGGCACAGAAACCUCUCGCUGGGCUUCUGGCCCUCGGAAAAGAUGAUGGCAAUCAGAAGGCUUGGGCAGCAGGGUUUUUACAAGGCCUCUUGGUCAGCGGCGGUGCAGUGGUGUCCCUGCGUGCAGUUAACCUGGCUUACUGUUUACAGGAGCUGCAACACACAGAGCUAUUGCGGAGUGUUGAGGAAGAUUUACAGCUUGGUAGCCUAGCAGGGAAAUUAACACGGGCUCACUGUGUUGUGCUGGGCUACCUCCUUCAUGUGUCUCCAGAGUGCAGUGAACAGACCAACCUAACAGGCUCUCUGAACUACACAACAGUGAAAUGUCUGCUCCCACAGCUGCUGUACUGCAGCUAUCUCAGGUUAGAGAAUAAUCACUUCAAAGAUGAUGUCAUGGAGUUGCUGGGAAGCCUCCUGAGUGCCAAAGACUGCCAUAUCCAGAAGAUAAGUUUGGCAGAGAAUGCCAUCAGCAACAAAGGAUCCAAAGCCCUGAGUCGAGCCCUCUUGGUAAACCGGACGCUAACGUCUCUCAAUCUCCGGAACAACAACAUCGGCUCUAAAGGUGCAAAGUUCCUGGCAGAGGCUCUGAAAAUGAACCAAGUCCUGGUAUCAAUCAACUUCCAGAACAAUGCAAUUGAGGAGGAAGGUGCUCAGGCCCUUGCAGAAGUACUGCACUGCAAUCGCAAACUGGUGUCUCUGAACAUACGGAAGAAUAAGAUUGGAGCGGGAGGAGCCAAAAGGAUUGCAGAGGCACUGAAGACGAACCGGACUCUCACAAAGCUGAUUCUUUGUAGCAACCAGCUUGGGGACAAAGGGGCAAUCGCUCUGGCAGAGGCUUUGACAGUCAACCACACUCUCCUCUCUCUUCAACUUCAGAGUAACUCAAUCAGCAACAGGGGGAUGACAGCCUUAACCAAAGCACUCAGGCUGAACCGUGGCCUCGUCUCCUUGAAUUUAAGGGAGAACUCCAUAGGGGUGGAGGGAGCAAAGAACAUGGCUCAUGCCCUCCAUGAGAACAACUCUCUGCAGGACCUUGAUCUCACAGCCAACCUGUUGCACGAUGAAGGGGUUCAAGCUAUAGCAGGCGCAAUCAAGUUUAAUCAAGGCCUCACCUCUCUGCAUCUCCAGUGGAAUUUCAUCAAGUCCUCUGCCACUAAAGCUCUGGCCCAUGCACUCCUCUCCAAUGCCACAAUGCAGCUCUUGGAUCUACAGGAGAAUGCUAUUGGGAAUGAAGGCGUCAUUUUUCUUGCCGAAGCCCUGAAAACCAACGUGUCUCUGCGUACAUUAUGUCUCCAGGGAGUGUCAUCGAGCACCAGUGGUGCCAUUGCAAUGGCAGAGGCUCUAAUGACCAACCAAACCCUGCAAACAUUAGAUCUACGUGGGAACACCGUGGGGAUGGAAGGAGCAAAGGCUCUGGCUAACGCACUGAAAAGCAACAGAAGCCUCAAGUCGUUGAAUCUGCAGGAGAACUCUCUGGGUAUGGAUGGAGCCAUAUUUAUUGCAACGGCCUUGAAGGGAAACCACCAAUUGACGUACAUCAAUUUGCAGGGAAAUGGCAUUGGAGAAUCAGGAGCAAAGGUCAUAUCUGAUGCUAUAAGAGCCGACGCUCCGGGCUGUGUGGUGGACAUCUGAACAAGGAAAGAGCAGCUUCUACUGAGGAAAGUCGCAAAUGUAACAUAGAGAUAACAGUAUAGGCUGUAUGUGUUAUAAGGAAAAGGUGUAUGCAAUUUAGUUAAAGCUGUACAGUAUGUUGGUGCUGAAUAUCACUCUGUAGCUGUUCACUGUAUAUAUAGUAAGAUAUAUAUUCACAUAUUUAUUUUGACGUUAUUAUUGAGGUAGCAGUUGCCAGAAGGGAUGAAAAAAAGAAAUUGACAAGGGUGAAGAUAUUUAGAGUGACACUAUAUUUUUAUGUAAAAUACACUCAGUAUCUAUAAUUACAGAGUGGAGCCUCAUCCCUCUUAUUUGCCAAUUAAGAUGACAUUCUGUUCAUUUGCUCUAUUUGCACGAAGGAAUCUGGUGUAUAGCAAUAAAAUGGACAUUCACACAGCA